GUUUGUUGUGAAACGCACGUGGUGCAACAAGUACAUUUAAUUAUUAACCAAUUGCACCAUUAAUAUUUAAAAAAUGAGUAAAAUCAGAAGCGCCGAAGUGCUCUCGUUAGACAAAUCGAAGCAAAAGGAACUCGUAAAGGAAACGAAAGAAAUAAAAAAGAAAUUAAAGGACGGCACGAUUACGGUAAAAGAAGCCCGUAGGGCGCGCAAAUUGAACGUCGAACAAUCCAGAGGGCUGGUGUUCAUAUCCCACCUACCGCACGGGUUCUUCGAGCAGGAGCUCCGGAACUACUACAAGCAAUUCGGGAAAGUCACCAACGUUCGAGUAUGUCGAUCGGGCAACUCCGGAAGGAGCAAGGGAUUCGGAUACGUGGAGUUCGCCCAGCCGGAGGUAGCCAAAAUCGCCGCGGACACCAUGAACAAUUAUCUAAUGUUCAAAAAAAGAAUUACGGCCGAGUACGUUCCGUACGAAAAGCGCCCCAAAGGGAUCUUCAUAGGAAAAUCCACGACAUUGGAAAAGUACUCGAAGAAAGCCAGAAGGGACAGGCAGAAACAGGCCAAUUUAAACAUGAACGAAACGACUCACGCCAGAAGAGCCAGUUUGAGGAUAUCCAGAUUGGCCAAACGUCUGGAAAAGCUCGGCGAAUUGGGCGUGGAUAUGUCGAAUUCGCUGGAUGUCAUGCCCGUAAUAGAGCGAGGUGGUGAGGAAAAGCGGCUGGAAAACGGGGGGAAAAUCGGGAGGUCUCCUUCCGGGAGGAGUAGGUCGAAAUCGGAGGCGGAAAAUGGCGAUGGGGCAUCGAAGAAACCUUCUCCGGAAGUGAAAAAAUCGAGGAAAUCGAUUGGGAAAGUGGAGAAAACUGGCUUGUUGGAUAGGGAAACUGUGAGAAAAGUGGCGAGGGAGUUGAUCAAGAAAAAGGGGGAUUCGUUGGUGAAAGUUGCGGGGAAACCCAAAAGGAAAUCCGUGAAAAAGUAAUACGUUUAUUUAUUUACUUGUAGGUGUAUAAAAAAUAAAAAUAUG